UGAAGAUAGGUAGAAAUGACGGACAUAGUUAUUAUCUGGGUCAUAGCGGUGUUUGCAGCCUUCUCUACAGCAAAUUCAAAUAAUCCGCAAAGCUUCCACCCUCCGUCACGUUCAAAGAAAGAAAGUAUGAAAGGAUUUCAUGACCUUUCCCGGCGUGUGACGUAUCCAGAGAAAAAAUGGCGUGGCGGUGAGGAAACAUUUAUUCAUAACGGCUACAGAGGCGAUCCGGAGACGAGAAGUUUCACGAAACGUUCGGAAGUCGUAAGUUGCCCUUCGUACUUUACGAGAGACAGCAUCUACAACAAUUGUAUACGACCCUGUUCAGAAAUUACCUGUAUUAACGGAAAGUGCGAUGGUCGCACCGAAUGCAAGUGUAACGACGGAUACGUCAAGUCCCAAACCAAUAGCUUCAUCUGCCAUUCAAAGUGCAGACCCUGCCUGCCUGGGGAAUGCACCAAGUCGCAACUCUGUACCUGUGACAAAGGUUACAGGUUGAGUUCGAACCAACAAACUUGCGAACCGAUAUGUAAUGAUCCACACUGCAAUGGAAAACUUUGCGUCAAUCCGGAUCGCUGCUACAGGAGUUCGACCUACCACAAAUUUCAAUACGGUCAGUAUUGCAGUAGGGAGUGUGGGUUUGGCGAAUGCGUUGGUCGUAAUACCUGCGAAUGCUUCAACGGCUACAAUAAGACGAAAGAUGGUCGGUGUUCCGAUCCGAUUUGUAACGAGGGGUGUGGACAUGGUAAAUGCGUUGGUCCUAAUACCUGCGAAUGCUUCAAAGGCUACAAUAAGACGAAAGAUGGUCGGUGUUCCGAUCCGAUUUGUAACGAGGGGUGUGGACAUGGCAAAUGCGUUGGUCCUAAUACCUGCGAAUGCUUCAGCGGCUACAGUAAGACGAAAGAUGGUCAAUGCACUUAUCCAAUCUGCAAAGAAGAGUGCAAACAUUCAUCAUGUACCAGUCCAGAUAUCUGUACUUGUCAGCCGGGGUACCAAAAACCCUUUGAGAAUUCGACAACGUGCGUUCCUCGCUGUACAAGAUGUGACAACGGUAUCUGCGUUGGCCCUGAGAUUUGCCGUUGCCAUAGUGGAUUUGUAAAUCCCAAAAGUAAUAAAGGAAUCUGCGCACAUAACUGCUCUCGUGGCUGGACAGGAGAAUCGUGCGAGGAGCCAAUCAUGUGCGUUAUAGCGCUAUACACUCCUCACGACUCCGAAAACUCGAUAAGAGAAAUUUCGGAAUCCAAUGGCACCGACGAUGAAACGACGAAUUUUCAAGUUGACACAGAGCUUCCACGGUGUCACGAGAAAUGCUUCAACGAACUCACGAUCAGAAGCAUCGCUAACUUCACCCGAUCUACCGCAAACAUGACUUACUAUUUUGUUUCGAUUGCUUCUACGUGCAAUGAAAUGAAACCUAGCGAUACCGAUUGGUCACAAAAAUCAACAACCAUAACAGUAUUGAUAUUCAUACCAAUUAUAUUGUUCGCAACGAUCUUCGGCUUUGUUACUUUCGUACGCAGGAGGCGAAGAAACAGAGGAUUCAAUGAAGGCUAUAACCGAGCGUGA